CAUUAAUUACAAACACAACUCAACGAUGUCGGAAAGCAGAAUUAUGUGGGUUUUUUGGUUCCUGUUAAACGUCAUCCUUAUCACCUCAAAAGCAUCGAUUCCCAGUCCGACAGAAGCCACAUCCUUAUGUCCUUGCUCAUGCGACUCACCUUUGAAGGUCUUGCAAAGUUAUGCAACCUCAUAUUCUUCCUCCGAAGAAGGAAGUACUUCGUCCCUGCAUUUCUCAUCCUCAAGCACCUUUAGAUCUGGCUUUUAUGGCUCUUCACUAUGCUACUGCCGUUGCAGCACAACGAAAUCGACGAUUUACGAGAUGCCUCACUCAAAGUCAUAUGGCAGUUCAAUAUCCGUCAGCAGUUUCUCUGUGUAUCCGAGUUCCGAUACACACAGUACGUAUCUUCGUUUCAAUAGCGGAGAUUUCAGCUUAUCUCAGAGUUCAAGUUCUGCGAGUACCGAAAUUCGCAUUUCGUCAAGCUCUAGUGAGAGACCUUUUAGUUUGUACCCAAGUUCAAGUAGAAGCGGUUUAAGUUUUUCUCCUACUUCAGAGAGAAGUGGCCUCAGUACUUCACCAACUUCAGCAUUUUCUAUUACAACAGGAGACGUACCAUUGUGCCCUUGCCCUUGUCAGCGUAUUUCAAAGGAAUCGCAAGCCUCUUCCUCUCUCUACGUUUACUCAAGCGACAGAGAUCGUUCGUCCCAAUACGUCGUAUCUUCGUUCUGCCAUUGUCCCUGCAAAGGAACAUCAUCGAUUCAUUUCGAGACGUCUUAUACAGCUUCCUCAAGCUCUUCAGCAGACGCAUCCUUGUGUACUUGUCCUUGCAACUCUGUUUUCAAGGACUUGCAAAGUUCCUUGCCUGCAUAUGCUACCUCAUCCAAAAGUUUCUCAUUUUUGAUCCCUCUCUCCGUGGAUAAUUCUUCGUCAUUCACAAAAGCUUCAUUUAGCGAUGGAAGCAUUUCGUCCAAGUAUUACCUAUCCUCCAGUACUUCCUCACACAUUCUUGACCUCUCUUCAUGCUACUGCCCCUGCAGUGGAACACCCUCAAGUGUUUACCAAACACCUUUUUCCAGCCAUGCGGUCGAAGAAUACUCCUGCAUUUGUCCUUGCGAACUUGGUUUGAGUGACUCACAAAGUUCCUCAUUCCUGUAUGCAACCACAAGUGUAGUAAAUACCUCAUUCGCAUCUCGUAUUUCUUCGUCAGUCACAAAAGCAUUAUCGAACGAUGAGAGAAAUUCUUCUCAGUAUUAUUCAUUCGCGUCCACCUCUUCCAGCAUGCCUGGCUCUCACUUAUGCUACUGCCGCUGCAGCACAGCAUCUUCAACCGUCUAUGAGACAUCUAUGUACUCAUUUUCCAGUUCAGAAUCCUUGUGUACUUGCCCUUGUGGACCUGAUUCAAGUAACUUGAAAAGUUCUUCAUGGCUACAUGGUCUAUCGAGUGAUGCAAGGACUGCUUCCCAGUUCUUGUCGUCCUCGUCUCAUCCCAUGUCUGGUAUUUCCUCGUCAUUUGCAGAUGAUUCGUGGAGGGAUGGAAGUAGUUCGUACCUAUAUUUCUUAUCCUCGACCACUGCCAGUUCCAGCAUUUCUAACUCUUUGUUAUGCUACUGUCCUUGCACCACUACAACAUCGACGAUUUACCAGACGGCAUUUUCCAGUUCAGAAUCCUUGUGUACUUGCCCUUGUGGACCUGAUUCAAGGAACUUGAAAAGUUCUUCAUGGCUACAUGGUCUAUCGAGUGAUGCAAGGACUGCUUCCCAGUUCUUGUCGUCCUCGUCUCAUCCCAUGUCUGGUAUUUCCUCGUCAUUUGCAGACGAUUCGUGGAGGGAUGGAAGUAGUUCGUACCUAUAUUUUUUAUCCUCGACCACUGUCGGUUCCAGCAUUUCUAGCUCUUUGUUAUGCUACUGUCCUUGCACCACUACAACAUCGACGAUUUACCAGACGGGUUCAGAUAGCAGCAGUUACGGCCAGUCUGUGAGUUCUACUAUCGGAAGUUUGAGUGCCCUUAAAAGUUCAAGUUAUAUAAACUACAGCCCUUCUUCAGUUUUAAGCAGUACCAGUUAUUUUAUGUCACCGAGCUCAACUAUUCGAAAAGAAACCUCAUCACUAUCAUUAAGAAGUAGCUUCAGCAUUUCACUUGAUCCAAGUAGCAGAGACUUCAGUAUCUCACAAACGUCGGAAAGCAAUAGCUACACCAUCUCUACAAGCAGCACCCUUAAUAUCAUUAGAACAGACAGCAGUUUGAGUGUUUCAACACGCUCAAGUAUUAACAGUUUCACUGUCUCACAAAGUUCAAGUAGCAGCAACUCCAUUGUUUCGCAGAGUUCAAGCAAAAGCAGCUUCUUUUUUUCAUCACCUUCAAAUAGCAUCAGUUCCAAUAUUUCACCAAGUUCAAGUAGCAGCAGCUUCAGUGAUUCACCAAGUUCAAGUCGCAACAGCUUUAGUAUUUCAGUAAGUUCAAGUAGCAGCAGCUUCAGUAAUUCACCAAGUUCAAGUAGCAGCAGCUCCAGUGAUUCAGUAAGUUCAAGUAGCAGCAGCUUCAGUAUUUCACUAAGUCCAAGUGGCAGCAGCUCUAGUGUUUCACCAAGUUCAAGUAGCAGCAGCUUCAGUAUUUCACUAAGUUCAAGUAGCAGCAGCUCCAGUGUUUCAGUAAGUCCAAGUAGCAGCAGCUCCAGUGUCUCACCAAGUUCAAGUAGCAGCAGCUCCAGUGUUUCACCAAGUUCAAGUAGCAGCAGCUCCAGUGUUUCACCAAGUUCAAGUAGCAGCAGCUCCAGUGUUUCACCAAGCUCAAGUAGAAGUAGUUCCAUUGUCUCAGGUGUUUCAAAUAGCAGCGGCUUCAUUGUAGCACUGAGUUUAAGCAGUAGCAGCUCCAGCGUCUCCCCAAGUUCAAGUAGCAACAGCUCCAGUGAUUCACCAAGUUCAAGUAGCAGCAGCUCCGCUGUCUCACCAAGUUUAAGUAGCACCAGCUCCGGUGUUUCACCAAUUUUAAGUCGUAGUGACUCCAGCGAUUCACCAAGUUCAAGUAGCAGCAGCUCUACUGUUUCUGAAAAUUCAAGCAGCAGCAGCUUCAGUGUCUCACCAAGUUUAAGUAGCAGCAGUUCCAGUGUCUCACCAAGUUCAAGAAGCAGCAGCUCCACUGUCUCACCACGUUCAAGAAGCGCCAGCUCCGGUGUUUCACCAAGUUUGAGUAGCAGCAGUUCCAGUGUUUCAGUAAGUUCAAGUAGCAGCAGCUUUAGUGUCUCACUUACCUCGAGUAGCAGUGCCACAUCAAGUUCAGUGUAUAGUAUCUCUCCAACUUCAAGCAGCCAUAUUGACCCUGCUGCAACAAAAAUCCCUAGCAACUUGUAUCCUCACGGUCCAGAUCAGAAGGAUAAUGAACUUCGUCUUGAAGAUACUUCUUUCUCCUACGACCAAUGUUUGAAGAUCAACACAGAUUGGACUGGAUUUCCGUUUUUCACAGAAAGGCAUUACAAAUUAUACGUGAGUAAAAUUAUUCUACUAGAGACUUAA